CACCGCUGUCCCCAGGGCCUGGCUCCGAAGGUGCAGAAGGCGCUGGCCCACGCCAGCGAGGUGGCAGUGGAGACCUUCCAGGCCAUGGCCACCGUGCGCAGCUUCGCCAACGAGGACGGGGUGGCCGCGCGCUACCGCCAGUGCCUGCACCAGACCCACCGGCUGGAGAAGCAGGAUGCGGUCCUCUACGCCGUCUCCGCCUGGACCAGCGGUUUCUCAGCGCUGGCCCUGAAGAUGGGGAUCCUCUACUACGGGGGACAGCUGGUGGCCGCGGGGACCAUCAGCACCGGGGACCUCGUCACCUUCCUCCUCUACCAGCUGCAGUUCACUGAUGUCGUGGAGGUCCUGCUCCACUACUACCCCACGCUGACGAAGGCGGUGGGCUCCUCGGAGAAGAUCUUCGAGUUCCUGGACCGGGAGCCACAGGUCGCGCCCUCGGGGACACUGGCACCCAGUGACCUGCGGGGCCACCUCCAGCUUGAGGACGUCUGGUUCUCCUACCCCGGGCGCCAGGAGCCUGUCCUCAAGGGUGUGUCCCUGGAGCUGCGCCCCGGGGAGGUGCUGGCACUGAUGGGUCCCCCGGGCGCGGGGAAGAGCACCCUGGUGUCCCUGCUGCUGCGCCUGCACCAGCCCACGGCCGGGCGCCUGCUGUUGGACGGCCACCCCCUCGGCGCCUACCGCCACUCCUACCUGUGCCACCGCGUGGCCACCGUCCCCCAGGAGCCGGUGCUCUUCGCCCGCUCACUCCACGCCAACAUCGCCUACGGGCCGGAGAGCUGGAGCCGGGCGCAGGUGACAGCGGCAGCCCAACGGGUGGGCGCCCACAACUUCAUCACCCGCCUGUCCCGGGGCUAUGACACAGAGGUGGGUGAGCUUGGGGGGCAGCUCUCCGGGGGACAGCGGCAGGGGGUGGCCAUCGCCCGCGCCCUGGUGCGGGACCCUCACAUCCUUGUCCUUGACGAGCCCACCAGCGCCCUGGACGCUGAGUGCCAGCAGCAGGUGGAGCGGGAGCUCUUCGAGGCCAGCGGGACCAGGCGCACGGUGCUGCUGGUGACAGGGCAGGUGGCCCUGGCAGCACGGGCGCACCGGGUGGCCCUGAUGGAGGGGGGGAAGGUGCGCGAGCAGGGCCCCCCCAGCCAGCUGCUGCGCCCCGGCAGCAGCUACUGGCACCUGCUGCAGGAUGGGGGACGCCAGGGGACGCCGGGGGACGGGGACAAGGGCACGGGGAGUGGGGAUGAGGGACAGCAGGAGCCAGGGAUGGGGACGGUACAAGCCAGGAUGGAGACGUCAGGGGAUGGGGACACGAGGAGCUGGGAUGGGGACACUGGGAGCCUGGGUGGUGACACCGAGAGCUGGGAUGGUGACACCGGGGCCAUGGAUGGGGACACCAAGGGCAGAGGUGGGGACACUACUACCCCUUGGGAUGGAGACAGCAGGAGCUGGAACGGGGACACGAAGGGCAGAGAUGGGGACCCCGGGAGCAGUGACAAGGGACCAUGAGACGUGGGCACCAAGCCAGGCAAUGCUGCAGUGUCCCUGCUGCAUGGCCGUGACCAGGGCGGCCACUGGAUGAACUGGGGUGUCACCGGGUGCCACCAGGUGCCACCAAGGCUGGCGGCCGGCAGGGACGGCCACGUGACACAGAGCGUUAAUAAAGCCUCGUGUUUGUA